AUGGCCACAGUUUCACAGACAGCUCUAAGUAUCGAGAAAAGACGCCGCAUUAAGUCCUUCCAGCAACAUGCCUGCUACGUCCUGAGUGAGGCAGAGAGAGAGAGGUUGUACAAGGCCCUGAAGGAGUAUCAGAAAUAUCGGCGUGUAGAUAAACUGGUUCACAGCCUCAAGGUGCUGCUCAACACACCCGAAAAACAAGAUCUGACGCUAAAGAUCCGUGAACUGAUUCCACCUAGUCACCUGGGGCAGUUUGACCACUGGGUGGGAAAAUCUCACCUGGCUAACAUCAACCCAGGAGCCCUGCAUUACCGCAGCACUGAGAGCAUCAGCAAGCCAAGGGUGCUGAUGUCCAGCAAAUCCUCCACCCUUCCACGGAAACAGACGAGACAGGUGGCUAGCCUCAACAGACACAAGUACUUUCAACAUCCAGGAGGAAAACAAGAAGAAGUGGAAGAUGUGAGAGUGAUAACUAUAACCAAGAGCGAUGAUGAGAGUCUGGGGUUCAGUGUGAGGGGUGGGUCAGAACAUGGUCUGGGGAUAUAUGUCAGUGAGGUGGAUGAGGACUCUGUGGCAGAUUUUGCUGGUGUGCAGCCAGGAGAUCAGAUACUGGAGGUCAAUAACAUAGCAAUGGAUGGUCUACCAUCCAGUAGCGCUGUCAAGAUGCUGACUGAUAACAACCAUCUUAAACUGCUGAUUAAACGGACGGGGAAAGUACCUGGCUGGAGAUACUCAUGUGAACAGAUCUCAUGGUAUGAUACGGAGCAGCAGAAGAUUGUAACAGGGGACAUGCAAGAGUAUAACUCCCCUGUUUCCAGCCUGGGGCCAUUCCUAAACGGGAUAUCAGAGCGCAGAGUCAAUUUGAGUGUGAAGAGGAAGGAACUGAGGGAUGGGCUUGGCUUUAACAUCCGUGGGGGCAGCGAGUUUGGACUGGGCAUCUUCGUCUCCAGAAUUGACAAGGGUGGCCUAGCUCAGCAGAAGGGUGUGAGGGUGGGGGAUCAGAUCCUCAGCGUGAAUGGGACAUCAUUUGAGGGCCUGACCCACAGUGGGGCUGUCAAUUUCCUCAAGACUCAGUCGCAGCUUAUUCUGACUGUCAGGUAUAUGGGUCGGUUCCCAGUGUUUAAGGAGAUGUAUGCAGAGUACAAAUGGUUAAAUGGUUACAAAGGAUCAAGGUCAAGGCCUCAGAGUCGUGCUGCCUCAUACAGCGAGUUCCCCAUGGGGCGUGUGAGGCGGGUGCCGCUGGAGAGUAAGAUUGAGGUGUACACCCAGACAGAUGACGAGGAUUCAAGUCAGUUGAGCCUGGACAUCCACACUGAGCAAGUGUUACCUUUACAGACAGAGAUCCUCAUGCCCAGGGACUCCUCCCAGUUCAUCCUCAGACACUCCACACUCAACAACAAACUCAACUCCUCCGGAUCCGAUCUCGAGGAUCUCAUCCUUGAUGAUUUCGAAAAUGAAAAUGAAAACUCUUUGUACGGAGAGCAAAAUUUAGAUGUUUCUGUGGCCAGGUCAUCAGAGACCGAAAACAACAGGGAUGUGUCACUGGACCUAGAAUUUCCUAUUGAGAGAAGGGAGAGAAAACCAUCCACAUCAAGUCGAAAAUCUCGAAGCAAGAAAGGAUCCACAGGAAAGAAGAAAAGCACAAAACAUGAGGACACAGCAUCUUCCUAUUCCGGGUCGAUCAGAAAAAGAGGAGUAUUUGAGAAGUCUUUUGGCUCUCAGAUUAUGCACCGUGGCUCCAUUGGGGGAUCCAGUAUGAUGGAGGUAGAGAACCGUGCCAGAUCUACGCUGUCAGAGGAUGAGGCUACUGCAGUUAUCAGACACAUACGCACCUACAAAGAGACAAAGGAUAUAGAGAGACUGGUACAGGUAUUACUGGUGAUCCUGGACAAGCCAGAGAAAAUCCUGCUGUUCACACAUAUCAGAACGGUGGUACAUCCGACAGAUAUCGGCAGGUUUGACAGUAUGGUAUCCCGAUACGAAGAUCAGGCUCGUAAUGAGCUGAAAACCAGUUCUGCAAAGUCUUCACCUGUCCGUCACAUCAAGGAGGACCCACCUGGCAGAAAAGUCCUUAUGGAUCCAGUCAUGGACCUCCAUGGCAGUUUUCAUCUGGAGGAACACGGUCAGUACACCAGCAAGUACAGGACUGCGGAGGCGCGUCAACGCAGCCGUGAUACAGCAGACUACAGCAGCGACUCUGAUGUCAACAGUCCAGAGACAUCAGCCAGACCAGCAUCAGCCGCCAGCCCACAUAAACAGUCUGAUGUCAUCUUUGUGAACUCUGGGAGGCGAUCACACACGCCAUUCUCAAACUACCAGAUGAACAGUGCUUACAAUGGUUUUGAUGACCAUUUGGACAGUCUCUCUGUGGACUCUGCCUGUAGCUCUGUAUCAUCUGUGGACAGUGUGCCUGUUGCCUUUGAUGACCCUGACCUCCCCCCAGGCUGGUUAAGGUCAACCAGUCAGAGGAAGAUAGAGGUGAAGUCUUAUGCACUGGUGGAGGAGGGGGAAAACAGCGCUGCUGAAGAAUCAGCCUCUGUGACAGCUUCCCGUGAUAUCAGUCAUGUGAACCACCUUCCUGUGGAUGGGAGUCCCUCACGGGCAAGCUCCUCACAUCAGCAAAGCUCAGAGUCACACAAGAGUCCAUCUCACAAGACUCUCUCGCAGCAGAGUCCUUCCCGAGCAUCUUCAGAGCGAGCAUGGCAGGGCUCCUAUGUAUCCCCAAGUCGCUCCUCCCUUGCGUCAGAGAGAACGCGCAGCCCUAUCCGGUAUGUCACCUCCAUGAUGGGGUCGCCGUCAGGGUCCCCACAGAGACGUGAGAUCUCCUCACCCCCUCCUCCCCUUCUCAUAGCCACAGUGCCUGCAGAAGGGCCACCAGCACUGGAGUUAUCUCCCCUAUCUCCACCUGCCACGUUUAAGGAUCCUGCCCCGAGAUCCAGGGUUAUCAGUCUCUCCAAAGCAAUCAGCACACUAGGUCUGAGCAUCUCUGGGGGUAUGGAGAGCAAGUCUCAACCAGAGGUCAAAGUUCAGAAGAUCUUCCCUGGAGGGUCGGCAGCUGCGGAAGGUUCACUUCAGGCAGGGGAUGUGAUGUUGAGCAUAGAUGGUGAGACCUUACAAGCCGUGACACACGCUCAAGCAGUAGACAUCAUUCGCAAAGCCUGGAACAACAAAUACAAACCUGCCUUGGACAUAGAGAUACGAGCGACAGAUUAAUAUGCGGAAGGCGUAUGGGUAGCAGCUAGAUUGUUGCUCGGCUGUAGACAGAUUUUCACAGGAGAUUUCACAGGAGUGAGGUUUAACCAUGCAUGUCCAUCACCUGUUACAUGUUAGUCAUGCAAGUCCACUUACACACAGCCGUACAGCAGACAUAGCAUAAGGGAGGAAUAUUUGUAUAGUGGAACAACCCAUUAGUGGAUUUAAUUCAAGGGUGUGUUUGCUUCUAAGGUUAUGCCAAAUGGAAAUUCACAUUGCCCCAUUAUUAACACGAUUGAAGUUAAAGUAGUGAGGUAUAUAAAGUGUUCUUUGCCUUUUACAUACUUGUCCAUGUAAAGCAGAUGUAGGAAUAUUUAAUUGAUGGAGCAAUGCAUUAGGGAAUUUUAAUGCGUUUAGUCUGUGUGUGCUUCUAACACUAUGCCAAAUGGAAAUUCACAUUGACCCAUUGCUGAUGCCAGUAGUCAAUAUAUUCAAACCUGUUGGAUUUACGUGUAGAAGUGGUACAAUGUUUACAGAAGGAAUACACAUGUUGCAUGCUUCUUGUUAAAGAACAUUGUCAAUGUACGCUUUUACAGCUUGGAUGAAGAUUAUGCAAAUUAAGGCAAUUUUUGAGGAUUUAAAGUGAUGGCGCUUCAUGUUUGUACAAAAUGUAGUGGUUAACUAUAGAUUUAUUUGAAAUACAUUUGAAAUAUUGAGCGUGAUAGGAUCCCUGUUUUAUACUGUACGUGCUGACGUAAGGACAUGGCUUAGUCAUUUGUGGUCACAUUGUGAUAGGGGUAGAUAAGUGAAUGUGGUUGUUAUGAAGUACAUGUAACCUAUGGUGUGAAGAUGGCGCAGUCAGCUUUUAGUUGUGUGUAUUAAAAACAAUACAGCAAAAAUUCUAGAGAAUGGUGGUAAUCAACAAUGGUUCACUCAAACAAUAUAUCAGUGAUAUACUCUCAUAGCUUAGACACUUGUGUGGAUCACUUGAUACCUAAAUGUCUAUAAUGUAUGAGAUAACAGCGUGUUUUAUUUACAUACCUGCAUACACAUACAUGAGUAUUUACAUACUCUGAACCCUAAGUCAGCUCACUGACUCAAAUGUCCUGAUACGUCCUUGGGACACGGCUUGUUAAAAAUGCAUCCAACUAUAUGAAAAAAAAAUAAAUAAAUGAAUAUACUGUCAGCAACAUGGGAUUAAUUUAGCGUGAAGUUCACAUUAGUUUGAAAAAAAAAUAGAAUACUGAUUGUAUGUCAAAGCUGGUUCUAUUAUAUACUAGUCCCAGGUCAGAUUUAUACACUUGCUUAAUAGUAGUUCUAUGGUGUGAUGGUCACAGUCGAUCAUCAUGCUUGAUUUACUUUACCUGCUAUAGUUUAGGGUCUGUUUUAUUUUAAUCUUUCUGAACAAAGAUGUAAUGAAAGGCAGGCCUGAUAAGAUGUACUCCAGUUCACCUGUGGUGAAUGACCUUCAGUUUUACCCAGGACUAAACUGCGCGCUUUGCCUGAUUCUAAGAGUUCUAUUCAGGUUAAAUGGUGUUCUGUUGUUUGCUUAGUAGAUAGAAUGUUAUCCUACUGAAAACAUGCGAGUUUCAGCUCCAGAAGUAAUAUUUUAUGGUAUUUAUUUGCCUUUGACCAUUCAUUUUUUUAAGGUCAUUUACUUUUUGUAACGUUUUCAGGUUGGUCACUUAAGAGUGAGUCAUGUCCACAGAUCUUUAUCUCUGUCCAAAAGUGUGUUUUAUAGACCAGAUUUUAGGUGAUAUAGAUGUACAGUAUUUACAUUGAGGACGUAUGUUAUUUAUAGUCUGUUCACAUUCUUUUAUUGAAGUAGUAUAUAAUUAAUAAAUACAUGCACAUGAAUUUUACACUCAUGAGGUGUUUUGUUGAAGAGUAUUGUAAGUCUGUUCUGGGCUGGAAAUAUAGUUUCCCUUCUUUAAUUGGGAAUAAAACAGUGUGUAAAUAGCCAUAAUUUAUGCCAGUUUGUACAUCCUGUAUAGUCUCUAAUCAGUGUUAAAGAACAGAUGUGUACAUGGAAUGUAAUGUGCAAUACUAUGGAGUUUUAAGCGUUGGGUUUUCUUUGUAGUAUGUUUUAUACAUCUAGAUUUUGGGGUUGUAUUUUUCUACCCUUAUCUAAUUAGUGUGGGCAGACUAUCAAGGCUUUAUUUGCAGUUGCACAUUUUUUAUUGCUUAUGUAUUAAAAGUGUAAAUUCGUGUAUAGUGAAUCACCUAUCAUUCCAUGGAGAAUAUGUGUCAUUUGAUCAUGGCAUAUACACAAGCCAGUACAGGAAGUACUGGGAUGAGACAUUUACUCUUUUGUCAUAUUAUUUGUUUACAUGCCAAUCCCACAUAGACCUUUACUAUAUUAAAUAUUUGUUUUGAGGUUAUUUAUUUCAUUAUAUUUAAUGGAC